AUCACCCACCAUCACUUCCCAUCAGGUUUGUCCCACCCGUUUCCCUCUUGACCUCAACUAUCCUGACACCUCGACUUCCUCCUUCCAGACAUGAGAGUCCGCCCUGGAAAGUAUGAUGUAGGAAUCAAGGUACUUGCGGUGCAGUACCUCCGCGCAGGCAAGACGUUAGCUCAAGUCCAGCGCAUACUGAAGUCUCCAGUCAGCAUCCAGACAAUAUCUCGGUGGCACUCCUUGUUUCAACGAACCCACUCAGUAAUCCGGAACCCUGAUAACUACGAGCGUCUCAGAAGACACACCAAAUUGACCGACAAGGAUUGUGAUUUCAUGUUAGAGCUCCUCGAAGGUAAUCCAGGCCUCUACUUAGACAAAUAUCGCCGCGGUGUCUAUCGCCAUACCGGAACCUGGAUCUCCUUGCAAACAGUUGCGAGUGAUCUCAAGGAUUGCCUCCAUCUGACUCUCAAGAAAGCCAGAACGGUGCACCCUAAUCAGAGUGCCGCCAAGCGUGCUCAGUACUUACACGCGGUAGGAGCACUGCACCCCAACAUGUUGGUGUUUCUAGGUACGCUGUCUCAAGGUUUUCUUUUGUGAUUAUCCCACUUAGCUAACUGUGCGUGCUUUGGCCUUUCAUCAUUAGAUGAGUGCGCGAUCCAGGAACGAUAUCUGCGUAGGGAAAUGGCGUGGGCCAAACGAGGCCAACGGACGGCCCGAAUCCCCUGGAGUCGUGGUGGUAAGCGAUUCUCGCUCUUACCGGCCAUAUUCCGUGGAGGUGUUCUGGCUGCGGACUGCCAAGAAGGCAGUUACGAUCGAAAAGAUUUUGAAGGCUUCCUGAAACAUUGUUUGGUAAGGGUUCCUGGUGCUCAUUUGGUUUGUUUAUACAUAUUGACUGAUGACUUCCCGUAGUUUCCUGUAAUGAAUUCGUACCCAAACGCCAAUUCUGUCCUGGUCAUGGACAAUGCACGUAUCCACCAUGGCGGGCGCAUCGAUGAACUGGCGGCCGAAAGAGGAAUCCGGAUUCUGUACCUACCUCCAUACUCGCCAGACCUGAAUCCCAUCGAAAAAGCUUUCAGCGUGCUUAAAUCUCACUUUCGGCGUACUCAAAGCCUCAUCCAAACGCCGCCUGACAAGAAGAUCGAUUUGAUCUUGGAUAGGACUUGGGGACGGUUUUCUGCCGCUCUCAUGCAUAAGUUGUAUGCGGUAUGCGGGUAUUGGAUCUAAUGGUGGAAUUUCAGGCUGGAAAUUGUGAUAGGGUGAUACUUUGGGUUGUUUCAAAGCGAUCAACCCGCUGGAAUCUUUUUUUACCUCCCGAAGAAAGUCUAAAGUCUUUGUUCUGAAAGUUUGGAACCUCUUUUGUCCGAUUGAAGAUUGAUUUUGGGACCUGCCAAUGAAACGAAUCCUUGUGACCUU